UGCGGAGUGGAGGCGAGCUGAAGGAGCCCUAAUGAGGCUCACAUAACAAUAAUGAAUGGAAAGGAGCGGCGGCCAAGAACGAGGAGCCCGGAGAAGUGGCUGUGCGGUCGGACAGAAUGAUUUCAUCCAGCCCAGGACUGACUUCUGCCCCGGGAGAGAGACGGCAGCAGCACUGAAGGAAAAAAAAAAAUUAGCUUACAUAUAUUCGCUUUAAGUACUUGUACAAAGUUGUGGCAUCUGUUGAGAAACUUUAAUGUUUGUUAAAAUUAAGUGCGAUUCAAGUGUUUAGAUUGUGUAUUACAUAGGAUACUUGCCAGACUGAGUAUGGGACUGGGGGGGUCUAUUUUGUGACUGAAGCGAAGAAGAGAAUGAGUCUGGACAGAAAGUAGCUGUUGCUCCGGGUCCGAGUCACGCACUGUGGGAUUUUCGUGGAAAACCUGAGAGGAGAAGCUCUGCGCUGGGGGAGCGGCUCUAACUCAAACGGAGAGCGCGCGCGCUCUUCUAGGAGACACUCGCUCGCCUCCGUCCACCAUGGGGAAUAUAGAGAGCGUGGAUGGACACUCGGACAUGAAGCCACACAUAAUGCCGUUAAAAGUGCCCAUGCCGGACCCCACGGAGCUCGAGGAGAGGUUCGCUCUAGUCCUGAACUCUAUGAAUCUGCCUCCCGACAAAGCUCGUCUCCUACGGCAGUAUGACAAUGAGAAGAAGUGGGACCUUAUCUGUGACCAGGAGCGCUUUCAGGUGAAGAACCCUCCCCAUACUUACAUCCAGAAGUUGCGCAGUUACUUGGACCCCGGAGUCACGCGAAAAAAAUUUCGCCGGCGAGUUCAGGAAUCCACCAAAGUGCUCCGAGAACUGGAGAUAUCGCUGCGGACCAAUCACAUCGGGUGGGUUCGGGAGUUUCUUAACGAUGAGAACCGAGGUCUGGACAUCCUGGUGGAAUACCUCUCUUUUGCCCAGUGUGCUGUCAUGUUGGAUUUUGAGGGGCUGGAAAUCGGGGAGGAGGGGGCCCUGGACAAGGCCAGGUCCUGGAGCAGGUCCAUUGAGGAUCUGCACCAGAACGGCACCCAGGCCUUCUGCAACACACUGUCUCGCUCCGCGCGCCAGUCUGCCCUCCGCUAUAACACGUUAAGCAACAGCAAAACCAUCAAGAACUCGAGACUGGUCAGCCAAAAAGACGACGUGCACGUGUGCAUCAUGUGCCUGCGAGCAAUCAUGAACUACCAGUAUGGCUUCAAUAUGGUUAUGUCCCAUCCUCAUGCAGUCAAUGAAAUUGCACUUAGUUUGAACAAUAAGAACCCCAGGACGAAGGCUUUGGUGCUGGAAUUGCUGGCAGCCGUGUGUUUGGUCAGAGGGGGACAUGAGAUCAUUUUGUCUGCGUUUGACAACUUCAAAGAGGUGUGCAAGGAAAAACAUCGCUUUGAGAAGCUCAUGGAGUACUUCCGCUCUGAGGAAGGGAACAUCGACUUCAUGGUGGCUUGUAUGCAGUUCAUUAACAUUGUCGUCCAUUCGGUUGAAGAUAUGAACUUCCGUGUCCACCUACAGUAUGAGUUCACCAAGUUGGGUCUGGAUGACUUCUUGGAGAAAUCCAAGCACACGGAGAGUGACAAGCUGUCAGUUCAAAUCCAGGCGUACUUGGACAACGUGUUUGAUGUGGGAGGGCUGCUUGAGGAUGCAGAGACCAAAAAUGUGGCCCUGGAGAAGGUUGAGGAACUGGAAGAACAGCUGUCGCACGUGACGGAACGGCUGCAGGACGUGGAGAAUGAGACCGUGAUGAAAGUAGCAGAUCUGGAGAAGCAGCUCCUGCAGAAAGAUAAAGAUCUUGCUUCCAUAAGGGAGACAUUUGAGACAACUAACUCCCAGGUGCACACCCUGAGGCGGAUGAUCAAGGAGAAGGAUGCCGCCUUCCAGCGACACUGCAACAUGGAGAAGCGGCUGCAGGAGCUAGAGCAGCAGGGCACCAUCCGUCUGCGCAAGCAGCCCGACGGUGACAUUGCCAUCGAGGCCCUGGGUGUGGGCAUCGUCGGGGGCGUAGGAAUUGCUGGAGAGGCCCUUGGCAUUGUGGGCCAGUCAUCUAUAGGGCCAGCAGGCGCAGGGGAUCCUGGGUUUGGUUCUUUUGCAACUGCAGAACCCAUGGCACCACCACCACCUCCACCGCCGCCUCCUCCGCCCCCAUUACCCUCUGCUGCAGGGGAGUGUAUUCCCGUUCCACCCCCUCCUCCACCUGUGGCUCCACCAUUGCCUGGAACUUCUCCAUCCGUCAUCCUCAGUGUUGGUCUGUCAGCCAUUAGAAUUAAGAAGCCCAUUAAGACCAAAUUCCGCUUGCCUGUCUUCAACUGGACUGCUCUCAAACCCAACCAGAUCAACGGAACUGUGUUCAACGAGAUUGAUGAUGAGCGAGUUUUGGAGGAGCUGGACUUGGACAAGUUUGAGGAGCUCUUCAAGACCAAAGCCCAGGGCCCUGUGGUAGACCUGUCCUGUACCAAGAGCAAAGUCUCUCAGAAGGCUGCCAACAAGGUGACUCUGCUGGAUGCCAACCGCUCCAAGAACCUGGCCAUUACGCUACGCAAGGCUGCCAAGAGCACAGAAGAGAUCUGCAAGGCUAUCCAGACGUUUGACCUGAAGGCUUUACCAGUGGACUUUGUGGAGUGCCUGAUGCGUUUCCUGCCCACGGAGGCGGAGAGCAAGGUCCUGAAGCAAUAUGAACGUGACCGGCGCCCACUGGACCAGCUGGCUGAGGAGGACCGCUUCAUGCUGCACUUCAGCAAGAUCGAGAGGCUCACGCAGAGGAUGACCAUCAUCACCUUUGUGGGCAACUUUACCGAAAAUGUCAACAUGUUAACACCGCAACUCAAUGCCAUUAUUGCAGCAUCUGCAUCCGUUAAAUCGUCACCCAAGUUGAAAAGAAUGCUGGAGAUCAUUUUAGCACUCGGGAACUACAUGAACAGCAGUAAAAGAGGCUCAGUUUAUGGGUUUAAACUACAGAGCCUGGAUCUGCUGUUGGACACAAAAUCAACGGACAGAAAGAUGACGCUGCUCCAUUACAUUGCACUCAUAGUGAAAGAGAAAUACCCUGAGCUGGGCAACUUUUUCAACGAGUUACACUUUGUUGACAAGGCUGCUGCAGUGUCACUCGAGAAUGUGCUACUGGAUGUGCGGGAGCUGGGCCGGGGGAUGGAGCUCAUCCGACGGGAGUGCAGUCUCCACGACCACCUGGUGCUCAGGGGCUUUCUGCAUACCAAUGAAGAACAGCUGGAUAAACUGCAGAAGGACGCCAAGACAGCAGAGGAGGCUUUCAAUAAUGUGGUCCAUUAUUUUGGAGAGAGCCCCAAGACCACUCCUCCAUCGGUCUUCUUUCCGGUGUUUGUGCGCUUCAUCAAGGCUUACAAGGAAGCAGUGGAGGAAAACGAACAGAGGAAGAAGCAGGAGGAGGCUAUGCGGGAGAAACUGCUUGCUCAGGAGGCUAAGCAGCACGACCCCAAGGUGCAGGCACAGAAGAAGAGGCAGCAACAGCAUGAGCUGAUUGCGGAGCUGCGCAGGCGACAAGCCAAAGAUCACCGACCUGUGUAUGAAGGGAAGGACGGCACUAUUGAGGAUAUCAUCACAGGUGGGGUGGUCCGGGACGACCGGCCCAGCCUGAGGGCAAAGUUCACCAUUGUUAUACAGUCCUCUGCCAUGAGGAAGUGCACGGUGUGCUAUGUUGUCAGGACACCGCUGCACAUGAGGCAUAACAUCUUUCAGGUCAAAAUCUCUCCGCGGUCUAGACAUUGAGUCAAUUGGGGCACCCUGCUUGGUCAUCAUCAUGGUCUGUGUGAGGGGCAGUACCUCUUACUCGAAGCCCUGUUCCCAACAGUCACUCCUGCCAACUGGGAGACUUUCAUUCACCCAAGGUCACACUCCUUAGAGUUCUACCUCACCUUUAAUCUGAUUCCCAUUAAUAAAGCUCGAAGGGAAAAUUCAUCUCUUUUCAAGACCUGGCUCUUUGGAACACUUACCUGAAAUUUAUCAGAAUCUCGGAUACGUAGUUUUUAUGUCUGUCUGAUGUCGCAAAAAUGUAAUAAGCUUAAGGAAACCCCUAAGAAACUCAAUUCAGGGCAACUAACAGUGUAGCAACUGUCAGUAUAAUUGUGUAAUUACUGUAACCAGAUAUACCCCAGUUUGGUCAGAAAUGUGCUGUGCUUCUGAUACUUAACUAAACGGGCUUUUUUUUUUUUUUUAUUUUAUUCUACUGACAGUAGCUAGUGACUAUGUCAACCCUCAACAGCCACUUUAUUAGGAUCACCGACAGCCCUCUCCUGCUCCUUCACCAUAUACUGUAAAAAAAAAAAAAAAAAAAAAACAAGCAGACGGGGUGGAGAUAUUUGGUUCCUGCUGGACCAAACAUUUGAAAGGGCAAAAUUCUGGGAUUUUCAUGCAACAACACCUAGAAUUUACAGAGCAAAAAAGUUAUUUCAGUGGACAAUUAUCAGACCAUCGAACCUUUAAAUGGAUGGGCCGCAGCAGCAGAGGACCAUGGCAGGUUCUGCUGCCAUCAGCUCAGAAAAAGAAGAUGGGGUUCCGGUGGAAAUGCAGUCGCUAAAACUGGACCGCUGAAGAGCUGAAAAAUAUUGCUUGGUCCUAAAAUCCCAGUUUUCGUUGUGACAUGCUGAUGGCACGACCAAAAACUGGUGUAAAACUAGUGAAUUCAUGGACCUGUUCUGUCUGGUGCCAAUGGUACAGACUGGUGGUGGUGAUCUAAUGGUAUGGGAAUGUCUUCUUGGCACACAUUGGGUUGUUAGUACCAAAUGAGCAUUGUUUCAGUACGACUAACUACCGAAACAUUGUGCUGACCAGGUGUGUCCUGUCACAUCCAGUCCAGCCUUUUUCAGUUUGAUACUUCUAGGAGGAUAAUGUACCAUGUUGCAAAGUACCCAUAGUCUCGAGAUGAUUCCACAAACAUGAGAGUACCUAUGCUUUACUCCAAUGCUCUACACAACCUCCAUCUCUCAAGCCAGAAGAUCAUCUUUGGGAUGAAGUGGAACAGGCUGUCAGCAGAAUGAAUGCAUGGGCAAAAGAAAUGUGAAGAAACUGUACAAAGCUGUCAAGCCAGCAUGGACCAAGAAUCCCGUGGAUGUGUUGAGGACCUUCUUGCUGAGUUCAAGCUGUUUGAGGCAGAUGAGGUUCCCACUUGUACUAACUAGGUGUACCUAAUAAAGUGACUGGUGAGUGUAGUUAUCGCUCUUUCUGCAAUAGGGUGGCAGCAUUUUUUAAUUCUAGUUUUGAAGAUCAGAAGCAGAAGGAUCUGUGUUCCACCUACUCUGAGUCAGACGUGAUAAAGAAGAGUUUGGGGGAUGAUUAGUGGCAUUCAAUGCAGUGUUUUCCAUGGUUUUGAAAAGGGUUUGGCUUCGUCUCCCCCCAUGUUACCUUUCCUUACUGGAUCUCAGCAACAUUGUAGUCAUGAAAUGGAGCUUUCAUUCCAUUGGUUCAUUUAUAAAAUACUGUGCAAAA